AUGCCUGUGUGGAUUGAGCUGGUCCUACAGAGGCCUCUGGGUGGUCCCUGCAAUGAAGUGGCUGUGAUCAUGCACAACAGCUUUUACGUCGGCUCAAGCCUCCUUUGCUGCUUCCCCAUUGAUUGCUACCUAGCAGCGGUCUAUCCUCUCCACUUUCACUGGGUCAGACAGGUGCAGACACCAGCAGCUGUGAGUGUUGCUCUUUGGACUUUGGAACUUGCCAUCCACAUCAUCUUGCUUGACCACACAGGGGCGCUGCAAGCUUUCUACUCAACAAACUUGUGUGAGGAGGGAAUACCCAUGUCACAAGAAGAUGCCAACAUCGCUGUUACAGGAGUCAUCCUGGGUUUUUUGGUCCCUGUCUUUAUUGUUACCUUUUGUUUUCAGCAGAUUGUGAGGUGUGUGCACGAAAUCGUCACAUCUGCAAUGGAAAAUUCAACCUUGUCCGCAAAUCACUCACAGUGUUACUUGGUUGACAGCGCAUCCAGGAGAAGGCCUUUUCUGUUUUUCUACCUGGCUAUCAUCCUCACUGCCAUCCCGUUCAACAUCUUCUCUCUCUAUGUGUCCUGGCAGCAUAUUAGACAGAAGAAUGAGCUUGGUGUGUAUCUAUUCAAUCUGGCCCUGAGUGACCUGACUUUCACUAUUGGCCUUUCUCUGUGGCUGGACUUCCUGUGGAAUGGAGUUUGGGCCCACGGGGGCUAUGUUUGUGUGCUAUCUGUCUACUCUCUCUACACUAACUUUUACACCAGCGAUGCGCUCCUCUGUUGCAUCUCUAUUGACCGCUACUUGGCAGUGGUUCAUCCAUUAAAGUACACUUUCUUGAGGAAGGUAAGCACUGCAACGGCUAUCAGUGUUGUCAUUUGGGUGUUGGUCUUCUGUUUCAACGCCACCACCAUCAGCUGGGAGGACUCAUACAGUGAAAACAAUGAGUAUUCAUUGUGCUUUGAUAUCUUUAUCCCGCUGUCCAAGAACCUGGCUCGGGCUAAUGUAGCACGCUUCAUCCUGGGCUUCAUUGUUCCCGUUCUCCUGGUGGUGUUUUCCACUUGGAGGAUCUGUGUGGCAGUGAAAUCCAACCAAGCCACAAAGGAACAGGAACGCAAACGGAUUUCAAAGCUGCUGAUGGUGAUCCUACUCUCCCUUUUGUUUUGCUUUGGACCUACCCAUGUCAUGAUGCUUCUCCGCAUAGUAGUCAAUGACUGCAAGAAUAAUGCAUGGCUUCUUUAUCUAUACAAGAUCAGCGUAGCUAUUUCAAGCCUCAACUGCCUUGCUGACCCUCUCCUUUACUGCUUCAUUACUAGAACAGGGAAAGCAAAUGUCAAUCAGGUUGUUCUCUUCUUCCGGUGUUGGUUAAAUAAGGUUGGAACAAUUAAAUAA